AUGUCUCGUGACGAUGAUUCCAGCAGGCUUCCCGAGGGUAUGAGGCGAGUUGGAUAUGACGCUGACACGCAAGUCUACACCUUUCAAGACGCUGAUGGCAGCUAUUGGGAAAGCGCUCCUGGCUGCGAGUACGGACGACUCACGCGUGUAGGCGGCAGCGACGAGGACGAUGUCAACGACACGCAGCCGUUUCUCCAGAACGCGUCUGCCCAGCCAUCGCCAUCUUGGCGGUCGGAAAUGCGACCCCUGCUCAACUUUGGUGUCAUUAUCGGCGUCUUCCUGAUGGGCGUCAUAUGGCUCUUGUAUGGGUCCUCCAGUGGCAACCCGGUCCCUGAACUCGACUGUCCUGUUGGCUCCCAGGUCUACAGAGUUCAGGCUGGAGACACAUGCUGGGACCUUGCCCAAUCACACGAUGCUACUGUUGACGAUUUAAUCCAGCUCAAUGAUGGGCUGGAUUGCAAGCAUUUGCCAAUCGGCCAGCAAAUCUGUCUUCCGUCCACUUGA